UUACAAUUUACAAAGAAAAAAUAUAACAAAAAUGGCAACUCAGAGAAGUGUUCUUCUUAUUAUAGGGCUUGUCAUUAGCAGCUGCUUUUUCUCUGUGGCAUUCGCAGUCUCUGGCACUGCCACUUACUAUACAACUUAUGUUCCAUCUGCAUGCUACGGCAAUGAAGACCAAGGGGUGAUGAUCGCCGCCGCAAGUGACGUAUUGUGGGAGAACGGGGCUGCAUGUGGAAGAAUGUAUAGGGUGACAUGCACCGGAGCUACAAAUGGUGUACCUGAGCCUUGCACAGGCGCAAAUGUUACUGUCAAAAUUGUUGAUUAUUGUCCAGGGUGUCAAGGAACCCUAGAUCUCUCCCAACAAGCCUUCGCUCAGAUUGCUAACCUUGUCGCUGGAAUAAUAAACAUCGAUUACACUCAGGUUUGAAGAUAAUUCUGCUG